AUGUAUGUCGUCAAGGUGUCCGACUUCUGUCGGAUGAAUGGACCUCCAGAGCCACACCAUGUACUGAAGGCUCAGGGAUUGCUACACGAGUGGCAACCUGGCAUGUUCGUGAUUUUCGUCUCUCACCAGUGGCUAAGCUUCACACAUCCGGACCCGCAUGGCCAACAAGUUGCGGUGCUUCGCGCCACUCUGCUUGGUGUCAUUGAUGGCUCGCUCCAUGUGGAGCCCGAUACUGUUUCCAUACCGGCUGGCAAGGCCCUCUCCGCUUCAACUCGCCAGGCAGUUGGAGAUGGAUACAUAUUUCUGGAUUGGUACGCCAUCCCACAGAUAACAUCGCGUGUGGAGGGGAUGAACGAAGAGACGACUAAGACAGACGCUGCAUUAGCUGUCCAGAGCAUCCCGGCCUAUGUGGAGGUGGCAAGCCUUUUUAUAGCCCUUGUGCCGGGUAGGGCGGAAUGGUGGUGCCACCUCCUUUCCAAUAAGCCAGACACGAGUGUGAUCGUGGUGUAUUCCUCCAAAGAGGUUGAAUUCAUGUUCCCUUUGAAUUGGCAAGAGAGUACUGUAGCCGAGGGGAACUUCACUGUAGAGGCAGACCGUGCCGUAGUUGUCAAGCUGGGUGAAACGGCCUUAGAAAGCAAGAUCAAGUAUUUGUCGACUGCGGGACCGCUGAGCCUAUACCGUUUCUACUUGGCACAGCGGCCAAAGUUAUUGGGCCAAAGUAGCCCGGACUUUGACUUGAACUUGUUCCUGUCCCACUUCCGAUUCCCGGAGCUUCAUGAGGCAAUCCAGGACAACAGCAGCAUGAACCCCACGGUUUGUGCAAUCUUUGCAAGUGAUGCAAAGAUACUACGCCUUCUUCUGGAAUACAGGGCAGAUCCAAAUCACCGGCUACAAGGGCUGUCAGACAUGGGCUACUUUGAUGGUCAGACGUUACUCAUGGCAGCAACGAAGUCAUGCCAAGACCCAGACAUCCUUUCAACACUUAUAGAGAUGAGGGCAGAGGUCAACGCAAGUACAAGGAUCGGUCUCACUUGCGUUGCCCUUGUCCGAUCCCCUGGGCAAGUGAAAGUUCUGAUGGCGGCCAGGGCAGACCUUCUUUCACCGGGCACGCCCUUUGGCCUAACACCCAUAGCAGGCGCUUCCGUUUGGGCUUGUCCAGAGACCAUUGCCACCAUGCUUGCCGCAAGGUGCGACGCUAACUUCACACCGCUCGGUAUAGGGUAUGGCCCAUUGCAUGCCAUAUGCCUGCAGGCUCGGGCUCGAGGUCGCAGCACCUCAGUCGAGGUGGCAAAGGUCCUCCUUGAAGGUCGUGCGGAUGUCAAUUCUAAGGCAGAGCCUGCUGGUGUCUUCAAGCUUCUCUGCUUGGGCGCACGGGUUCGUGCUUCCAUGGGAGGGUUGGGGUCUUGCUCAAUUGUCGUGAAAGCCAUGGCAAGUCUUCCGGGCCUAACACCGCUUGGGGCUGCAGCCCUUGUAGGAGAUGAACCCCUGGCCAGACUCUUCUGGGAAAGCGGUGCAGAUGUAGUUGCCAAUGGGAGAGGCGACCUGCCAGAAGACCUGGCGGUCGCAAACGGACAUGACCACUUGCUUCCACUGCUUGCCUCGUUUGGAGUGUGCGACAUAGUCCUUGCCAUGGGGAGCGCGCUUUGUGCUCCGGAAGUGUCCGACUUCCUCACUAUGGAGGGGCAACCUGAAGCCCAUGAUAUGCUGAAGCAGCGUAACCUGCUCCAUGAAUGGCAAGCCGGGAUGUUUGUGAUUUUUGUUUCUCAUCAGUGGUUGAGUUCUUCGCAUCCCGAUCCGAGUGGGCGACAAGUUGCCGUGCUUCGUAAUGGCUUGCAAGGCAUGAUCGACGGCUCCCUGGAUGUACGCGUAGAUUUCAUCUCGCGUGGAUUCAACGAAAAAGCCAUGUCACGACGGACAAGACAAGACAUUGCGUCCGGCUUCUUAUUCUUUGACUGGUAUGCUAUUCCACAGAUCACAGCGCGAGCGGAGGGCGUGAACGAGGAAGCUACAAAGUCUGACGCUGCACUCGCAGUCCGCAGCAUCCCUGCUUACGUUGAGGUCUCAAACCUGUUCAUCGCCCUUGUUCCGGAGCAAGUACAUGCCGAAACUGGUUUGUCUUGCAACUAUGUGUCGUGGCUGUCAAGGGGAUGGUGCAGAGCAGAAUUAUGGUGUCACCUGUUAUCUAACAAGCCUGACACAAGUGUUAUUGUAAUUUAUUCCUCGGCAGAAGCGGAGUACAUGUUUCCGAUGGACUGGCAGCACAAUCUCAUUGCCGAGGGUGACUUCACAGUGGAGAGUGACCGCUCCACAGUCGUGAAGUUAGGUGACAUGGCUGUUAUGAGCAAGAUCCAGCAUUUGUCAGACCAUGGUCCUCUCAGUCAUCUUCGCUUCUACUUGGCACUUCGACCCCGCCUGCUUGGACUGGAAAGAAAGGAUCGCACACUCCAGGAAUUUCUGUUGCACUUCAGGUUCAACAGCUUGAGGGAGGCGGCUGAGCACGAAAGCCCGAUGAAUGGCCUUCUGAGUGCCGUUCUAGCAGGCGACGUGCCCAUGAUACGCUUACUGGCUGAGAAUCGGGCUGACGUGAACCUCAGACUGAAAGGCCUGGGUGAGCUUGGCUACUUUGACACCCAGACAGUCCUAAUGGCCGCUGCCAAGUCUCGGCAAGAACCUGAGGUGCUUUCUUCACUGAUUGAGCUCAAAGCUGACGUGGAAGCAAGAUCCAGGUCCGCUAUUGCUUGCGCCUACCUGGUUAGAUCUCCAGGGCAUGUGAAGGUAUUGGCUGAUGCUAAAGCAAACCUGGAAGCAAGCUGGGUCUUGAACGGCCCUGCUGGCCUCGCUAGCACGGAGACCGUCGCCGCAAUGCUGGAGUUUCGUUGCGACGCCACUUUCGACUUUGAGACCAUUGGUGUAAGGUACGGGCCUUUGCACGCCAUGGCUCUCUUAUCUCGCUCCAACAGGCAUGCCAUAAACACCGCGCACCUUCUGCUUCAACAACGUGCCAACAUAAAUGCAAGAGCAAAGCCACAGGGGCCAUUCGGCCAACAGUGUCGUGCUUCUCAGCUGAAAGUAGCCAUGUUGGGUUACCAAGCUUGUCCUGCACAGACGAGAUUUGAGGCGAGCGCUCCGGGCAUCACCCCGCUAAGCGUAGCAGCCCUGAUGGGAAAUGAGGCCUUAGUCAAGGUUUUCUUGGAUUUUGGAGCGGAGAUGAUUGACAACGAGCGCGGCGAUUUGCCGGAGGACCUGGCCAGCAUGAAUGGUGGUUUCACCCACCUGACGACAUGCCUGCUAGCUGGUGUCAAUGAACGUCUCGCACUUCAUGCGGAUGGAGGGGAGAAGGGCUUGCUGCAGCACUGGCAUCCGGGCAUGUUUGUUAUCUUUGUUUCGCACCAAUGGCUUGGGACGUCCCAUCCAGACCCACAAGGCAAGCAGUGCACAGUUCUCCGCAGGGCUCUUCGAGGCAUCGUGAGUGGAAGCCUUGAGGUGCAGACAGAUCCUGCGACAUUGAUCAAUCGCGCGCCGCCUACGCUCUCAGCAGACAUCCGCCAACAAAUCGCCAACGGCUAUCUGUUUUUGGAUUGGUUUUCAAUACCACAGAUUACGGCACGGCUGGCUGGAGUCAAUGAAGAUGUCACACGGUCGGAUGCGGCGCUGGCUGUGCAAAGCAUCCCUGCAUAUGUGGAGGUCUCAAACCUUUUCAUUGCAUUGGUGCCAGAGCUGACGCACGCCGUGACGGGCGCUCACUGCAACUACGUCUCAUGGCUUUCGCGAGGAUGGUGCAGAGCAGAAUUGUGGUGCCACGUCCUGUCAAAUAAGCUCAACACCAGCCUCGUCGUGAUCUACUCUGCGCAAGAGGUCGAGUUCAUGUCACCUCUGGACUGGCAGCGCCAUACAAUUGCAGAUGGUAAGUUCACUGUUGAAGCUGACCGGGCAGCUGUUAUCAAGCUGGGCGAGGUUGCUGUCCAGAGUAAGAUUGAACACUUAUCGUUUCAAGGUCCAUUAAGCUCAUAUCGAUUCUACCUGGCGAUUCGCUCGCAACUGUUAGGACAGGGCAACGUGGCGUGGGAUGACGGCGAUUUCCUUGAACAGUUUCGGUUUCCUAAUCUGGAAGUUGCCGCGAAGGAUAGCAGUUGCAUGAACGGUCUCAUGUGCGCAGUCUUUGCAGGCGAUGUGAAGCUUCUACGUCGCUUGGUCCAGCUGAGGGCAGACGUCAACUUCAGACUUCAUGGCUUGGGUGAUUUCGGGUACUUUGACAGCCAAACGGUGUUGAUGGCAGCCGCCAAGUCGCAUCAGCCUGCUGAAGUUCUGUCAGCGCUCAUUGAUCUCCGCGGUGAUGUGAAUGCACACGCCCGAAACGGAACGAGCCCGGCGUACAUGAUGCGAUCGCCUGAGCAAGUGCAGGUGAUUCUAAAGGCGCAGGCUGACCUGCACACUGCGGGCUCUCCCCUGGGGCUGACACCGCUGACAGGAGUAGCUUCCUUCGCGACAACAGAGACAGUCGCGGCCAUGCUGGCUGCACGGUGCAACCCAAACCCAGAUCUACAAGGCAUCGGCUAUGGUCCUGUGCAUGGCGUUGUUCUGUUUUCUCGAAGCAACAGAAGCUCAGAAGCCACAGCGAGACUGCUUUUGGCCUAUGCUGCGGAUCCAAACGCUCGGGCUCAGCCACAGAGCACGUACUACUGGAUGUGUGCCUUUGCCCGCUCACAGUGUGCUGUCACUGGUUUCGAAGCUUGCCCCAUGAUCUCACGAGCGUUUGCGAGCCUCCCUGGGCUUACUCCACUUGGUGCUGCCGCUUUUGUUGGCAGUGAGACGAUGAUCGAGGUCCUUCUCCAGCAUGACGCUGUGCCUGCUGCGAAUGAGCGCGGGGAUUUGCCUGAGGCCUUAGCUUCUGCCAACCAGCACUUCCAUCUCAUCGAUAACCUUGCGCUUUUUUGUGUGCCUUCCCUUAUCUCGGCAAACCCUUGUUUCAGCAAGACCGGGCCUCCCGACAAGCAGCUUGCACAAGCGUGGAUGCGCUGCUUGCAGGCCAUGGGCAACUCACUCUGCUGCCUGGAUGAUGAGAAACGUGACACGCAGUUGGUUUCCAAUUUCUUGCAGAUGGAGGGGGUUCCAGAGCCGCAUGAUUGCUUGCGGCAAAAGAGCCAGCUCCACAUCUGGCAGCCAGGCAUGUUUGUCACCUUCAUCUCUCACCAGUGGCUGGGGACAGCACAUCCAGACCCCCAGGGCCAGCAGUGCGCCGUCCUUCGAGCAAGCCUGCGAGGCAUAAUGGACGGAAGUCUUAAAAUUGAGGCGGAUCCAGUCACCUUGAUGAACCAGAGGGUCGUGCCCUUGUCGGCCGAUACCCGGGACAAAAUUGCCAACGGCUAUCUGUUUUUGGAUUGGUUUUCAAUACCACAGAUUACGGCACGGCUGGCUGGAGUCAAUGAAGAUGUCACACGGUCGGAUGCGGCGCUAGCUGUGCAAAGCAUCCCUGCAUAUGUGGAGGUCUCAAACCUUUUCAUUGCAUUGGUGCCAGAGCUGACGCACGCUGUGACAGGCGCUCACUGCAACUACGGUGACGCAGCGUGGGAUGAUGAGGAUUUCCUUGAACAGUUUCGGUUUUCCAAUCUGGAAGUUGCUGCGAAGGAUCGCAGUAGCAUGAACGGCCUCAUGUGCGCAGUCUUUGCAGGCGAUGUGAAGCUUCUACGUCGCUUGGUCAAGUUGAGGGCAGAUGUGAACUUCGCACUUCAUGGACUGGACCACUUUGGAUACUUCGACAGUCAGACUGUGUUAAUGGCAGCAGCCAAAUCAUAUCAGUCUGCUGAAUUGCUGACAGCGCUCAUUGAUCUCCGCGGUGACGUGAAUGCACGCGCUCGAAACGGAGCAAGCACGGCUUUCAUGAUGCGAUCGCCUGAACAAGUUCGCACAAUAUUGGCGGCCAGGGCAGACCUGCACAGAGGAGGAGGCCCGAUGGAACUGUGUCCGCUUACAGGCGUUGCAUCCUUCGCGUCUGCUGAGACUGUGGCUGCAAUGCUUGCAGCUCGAUGUGAGGCGAAUCCGCCUCUACGAGGCCUUGGCUAUGGCCCCCUCCAUGGUAUAGCUUUUUUCUCCCGGAGCAACAGGUAUGCAACAGAAAUCGUGAGCAUGUUGAUUUCCCACAGGGCAGACAUAAACAGUAGAGCUCGGCCACAGAACAGGUUUUUCUGGUUGUGUGCAACAGCCCGAGCAGAAUGUGCCCUCACUGGCUUGGAGGCUGCCUCUUUGAUGACGCGGGUUUUUGCCAGCAUGCCAGGUAUUACGCCCUUGGGUAUGGCCGCCCUGGUAGGUGCGGAGAGCGUAGCCAACCUGCUUCUCGAUCUUGGGGCAGAGCGCUUGGCAAAUGAUCGAGGCGAUUUGCCAGAAGACCUGGCAGCUGCGAAUCAGCAUCCGAAUGUGUUGCAAAGCCUUGUGCUCAUCAAUGUCAUCUUGGUUGUCUCAGCCGUUGGAAUACUCAUCACGCUGGAUUUGGAGUUGGUGAUCGGCCUGCUCCUCGUGGCGUUUGGAGUGUGCACCUUCAUUGUGUUCUUCUUCUUCUGCCUUUGCGGGUGGUCCUUUGGGCCUUGGGAGUUGACGAUCAUGACGGUUUUCUUGAGCUACGCGGUAGAGCCUGCCUUCCACAUUGGCUAUGACUUCGUCGUGCCGGGAAUGCCGGAAGGCUUGCUUUCCGAGAGCCGCCCUGUGGCCCCAACCGAAGGCCUGAGAGCGAUUGCAGAAGGUUCGGACCCUCCUGCUGGGAGCGCUCACCAUCAGCAACCGACAUCUAGCCCGCAGGCUGGAAGACCCGGCGCUGACGGCCUGUCUCAGGCGAGCGACUUGCAUCCGAAGGAUGAUGAUACACCGGAGGCCGCGAUCCAGCGAUCCAUCCACUUAGUCGCAAAGAAUUUGGUCUCCAACUCUAUCAAGCUUAUGCUGUGUGGCAUCAUGUUGGCACCGAGCCAGCUCCGUAUUUUUUCCCGCUUGGGUGCGAUUUCCAUCCUGCUGCCUGUGCUGUGUCUUCCGUCCGUGUUGGCAGUAUACCCGGCUCUGAUCCUUGCCUCGGGACGCACGCGGCGCGAGCCCGACCUUGUCCUCAUGGGCAAGGUGUUCUUGGAAAAGGCAUCCUGGCUGUGGACCUGA